GACUUGCUAACACAUGACGCAUAUCAGUGUUUACUUCGUUUACUUCACUAUACAGUCGUGUUAUCUUGUUUAUUUACAACUAAAUCGUUAUCACAGCCCAAGAUAAAACAAUUAAAUUUAAAAUUUAAUUAGUCCCAACCAUCACAAUUCAAAUGUAUAUCAAAACGGCAUUAAUUUCUUGCUGCUUACUAGCAUUCUCAAUAAAACAAGCGUACGCAUUAUGGUGUUACGAAUGUGUGAGCACACAACCCGGCUGCGGUGAUCCUUUCAAUUGGAUAUAUUUGUGGACAAAUGUUUGCAAGGAGGACAAUGAUAUCUGUGUUCGCAUUACUGAGCGAAAAGGAUCUGAGAAAGUUAUAACUAGAGCUUGUUUGAGUUCAUUACGUGGUAUUAGAACUGAUAUUCCUGCUGACACUUAUGAAGGAUGCAGGAAAGCAGCCACUGAUGUUAAACUAGGACAUUAUGUAAACAACAGUAUAAAAGAGUUGGACAUUCACAGGGAUUACUAUGAUGAUGCAGAGUUUUGCUUCUGCUUUUUGGAUCACAGAUGCAAUGACUCAUCAUUUAUCAGUCCAUCACUCUUUAUGGUAACCAUUGGUGCAGUGGCUAUGUUUGUACAAAGAAUACUCUAAAUCAAUCUAAUCAAAGAAUUGAAUAUAUCCAUGAUCAAAACUGAUUAUUCCGUCCAAGAUGUAAGAAGAAGGUGUAAUGUUAUUUUAUGUUAGGAAAGUAUCCUCAUCAGCCAGGAGAAUACUUUCUCAGCUUUUACAAGUAUGUUUCAAAAAAUAAGUACAAUUCUCCAUAUAUCUUGUAUGUAAUUGAAAACGAUUUGUUUUUUAUUAACUAACAAAAUACUUAUAUGUAACUUUAAAUGAAUGGAAUCAAAGUGUUCAAUUAUUGUUAAAAUUAAUGCUAUCAUAUUGGAGCAUUUUGUUUUUUAUACAAACAUGUGAGAAAUGUGAUAUGUAUGUGCACUUACAGUAAUCUCAAAUAUCUUAAACUUUUAUAGAAUGCUUUCUUAUUGAGGCAAUCAUAAAUUUAAAUGUUAGUAAAUUGCUGAUUUUAUACAAAUCUCGACUAGACUUCUUAUUGCUUUUUUACGAUGUUAGACUAAAAAUACUUUGCGGAUUCUUAAAACUUGUAAUAAAAUACGAAACAACGAA